AUGGAGAGAGAUUUGCAAUUAGGAAUGAAGUGCUUGAACUUAAAGAAGGGUAAAAACGCUUCUAAUGGCUCCAAUGGAAAAAUUGAAUCACAUCUUGAACAAAACUCUGAGAGUGUUAAUCGGGAUCCGUCUAUAUUCAUGGGAGCACAAGGUGUAGGUAUAUCCGUUUAUGUCUUGUAUUAUAAGGAUAAAAGAAAAGGAUUUCAAAGCUUCAUCAUAAGGAUAAGAUUCAUAGUUUCUUUAGCCAUGGAAAACAGUGCUACUACAUUGUUGAAUUCUUCCCUCCAUGAGAGUACUGUGUCCUCAUCUUCUUUUACUACUUUGCUGAGCUUCUUAUCCACACUUGUUGUCAUGGCAUUUGCCUUGUAUCAACUCUUCAAAUUCCUAUUUCUAGGCAACGAGAAAGCGAAGCAACCCCCUCUCCCACCCCUCCUGCUCAAACCCUGGCCUAUUCUGGGAAGCCUCCCUGAAAUGGUUUUGAACAAGCCCACAUUUCGAUGGAUACUUGAGCUCAUGAAAGAAAUUAAUACUGAUAUUGCUUGUAUCCGCUUCGGAAAUGUGCAUGUAAUUCCCGUCACUUGUCCUGAAAUCAGUCGCCAAAUCUUGAAAGAACAGGACGCGGUUUUUGCUUCAAGACCCAUUAGUAUGUCCACCGAUGUCACCACCAAAGGCUACUUAACAACAGCUCUUGUGCCCUUGGGAGAUCAAUGGAAAAAAAUGAAGAAAAUCCUGCUCAUUGAUUUGCUUUCCCCAACCAGACAUCGUUGGCUUCAUGAAAAAAGGGUUGAAGAAGCUGAUCAUCUUGUGCGUUAUGUGUAUAACCUAUGCAAGACUUCUGAUAAAGGCGGCCUGGUGAACGUGAGGGUGGCUUCACAACAAUAUUGCGGCAAUGUGCCGAGGAAGCUGUUUUUCAACAGGAGGUUCUUUGGGGAGGGUAAGGAGGAUGGAGGACCAGGGUUUGAGGAAGAAGAGCACGUGAGUGCCCUUUUCACUAUUCUUGCUUAUCUUUAUUCGUUUUGCCUAUCUGAUUACAUUCCAUGCUUGAGAGGGCUUGAUCUGGAUGGCCAUGAGAAAGUUAUGGACGAGGUUCUUCAGAUUGUUGGAAAAUACCAUGAUCCCAUAAUCGAAAAGAGGAUUCAACAGUGGGAAAAAGGCGAGAAGAAGGGUGUGGAAGACUUGCUAGAUGUCUUGAUUACUUUGAGAGAUGACAAUGAUAAGCCUGUGCUCAUAGAGGAAGAGAUCAAGGCUCAAAUUACAGAAUUUAUGAUUGCAACGGUAGAUAAUCCGUCCAAUGCUUUUGAAUGGGCACUUGCUGAGAUGCUUAACCAACCCGAGAUACUUGAGAAAGCCACAAUGGAAAUAGAUAGCGUUGUUGGAAGGGAGAGACUAGUCCAAGAAUCUGAUUUUCCCAAACUCAACUAUGUCAAGGCAUGCGCCAGGGAAGCCUUUAGGCUCCAUCCGAUUGCACCUUUCAAUGUUCCGCACGUGUCCGUUGCUGAUACAACCGUUGCCAAUUACUUUAUCCCCAAAGGUAGCCAUGUGCUUCUUAGCCGUACAGCUCUGGGUCGGAACCCUAAAGUAUGGGAUGAGCCACUCAAGUACAAGCCAGAGCGGCACCUGAAGGAGGAUGGAUCACCAGUGUCGCUAAAUGAGGCAGAUCUGCGUUUCAUAUCGUUCAGCACUGGAAUGCGUGGAUGCAAGGGUAUCCUGCUAGGGACUUCCAUGACUGUGAUGCUAUUUGCAAGGCUGCUGCAAUGUUUCAGUUGGAGCAUCCCACCUAAUGAGAAAACCAUCAAUCUAACUGAGGCAAAGGAAAAUCUGUUUCUUGCAAAACCGUUGGUUGUAGUUGCAAAGCCCAGGCUUCCCUCUAAUGUGUAUCCCGCUUAA